AUGGACUCCAUCGAACGGAUAUUAGCUGGUUUAUUUGUACUUUUAGGGCAAGAGGAUUUGAAUGUGGAGCGUUCGAUCUUGGCCAUCGGACAGCCGAGGAUGGACCGGGACAAAUUUGCCCGGGCGAUUCAAUCGUGCACGACUCUGUCCGCCGGGAGAGAGAUCCACGCCCGAUUCGCGACUGUGCUGGGCACCGGCGACAUUUAUCUCUCGCACAAGCUGCUAGAGAUGUAUGGGAAGUGUGGCAGCGCUGCAAGCGCGAGAGUGGUCUUUGAUUCCAUCCCGAGCAAGGAUUUCUACUCGUGGGAUCUCAUGCUGUCCGCCUACGCGCGCAACGGCUGCAUCGACGAGGCCGAGUUUGUGUUCCAUGCGAUGCCGGACAGAACGAUCGUCUCCUGGAACGUUCUCCUGUCCGCGCUUGCCAAGGCGGGGAAAUUGCGACGAGCCAGGCGGUUGUUUGAUGAAAUUCUUGAUCCCAACUUGAUCUCUUGGACCACGAUCGUAGCUGGGUAUGCGCAGUUUGGCCAGAUUGCGGAAGCAAAACACCUCUUUGAUCGAAUGCCCGAGAGGAACGUCUCCUCCUGGAACGCGCUUCUUUCUGCUUAUGCCCAGAGAGGGCAAUCGAUUGAGGCGAAGCAGCUGUUUGAUUUGAUUCCAGUCCCAAACAUGAGCUCCUGGACAGUGAUUGUCGGAAUCUGCGCUCGCAGUGGCAAAAUCGAAGAGGCCAAGAGAUGUUUCGAUAAAAUGCCAAUGCGUGAUCUCAUUCUCUUCACGAUGAUGCUCACAGCAUAUGCCCAAAAUGGGCAUAUUCUCCAAGCAAGAGCCUUGUUCAGCGAGUGUCCACAGUGGGAUCUAGUAUCGUGGACCGCCAUGUUGACCGCCUAUUCCGAGAGUGGCGAUUUCGGAAUGGCCAAGGAGAUCUUCGACCAAAUGGAGGUCCAGGAUCUCAUCUCCUGGACCGCCAUCCUGACCGUCUAUGCCCACAACGGGCGCCUAGCGGACGCUCGGGAUGUGUUUGAACGAAUGCCGCAGAGGGACCUGGGCAACUUGAUCAAGCGAAAAGGAUCUUCGACGAGAUGCCCCAGCGGGACUUGGUGA